CCUGGUCUGGCUGUCUGACCUCGGUGGCUUGGCUUCCUUUGGACAUCUCUCCUCACCUCUUUUUUUAAGUAAGCUCUAUACCUGACAUGGGGCUUGAACUCAUGACCCCAAGAUCAAGAGUCAUAUGCUCUUCCAAAUGAGCCAGCCAGGCUGCCUACCCCACCUCAUCUUCUCCCCACCACAGAGGGUCUGGAGGGCACAGCCAGACCUACCCUGGACUAGGUUCUAAUGUCCCCCACAAAGGGCAGGCAAGCCCCUGCAUAUCAGGUCUUGGGCCUGCAUCCUCUCCAUUGUUCCGCCUAGACACCCCAUCACCUCCACUGUAGGGGCCGGGAAACUGGAAGAAGGGAGGUGCCCCUGGCCCAGAAGUGGGGGGCCAGAUGACUGGUAGUCUGACUCUAAAGCCCUGUCCCUCCUUACUCUGAGCCCUGAGUCUCAUCUGUGAAGACAGGGUUGUGGGCCCCCUUUCGAACAUCGACAUUCUGGGGGUGCCGUGUUGAAACUGCAUCCUGAGGCAGGGGGCCCGGGGAGGCCUUGGGGGUGCUGGUGGAGGAGAGGGCUUGUCUGUGGACCCCCAGCCGAGGCUGACGUGGACUACUUCUCUGUCAGGAGAGGAGGCGAAGGCCCAGGAAGGGGCAAGGGCAAGUCCAGGGUCCUGCAGGCCUGGAGCAGGACAGAUGGGGUGGGCUGGGGGGCCAGGAAAGGCCUUGGCUGUCUCCAGCUGUUGUAGAUGCGUUCUCCUGGGUUUCUGAGCAAACUCCUUUCCGCCUGGGGACGGGCACGGGGGCUUGGGCACCUCUUUGAACCCAGGGUCCCCAUCGAUGGAAUAAGGCUGCCCGUAGUCCUUUUCCCUACUUCUCUAGAACGAGGGGUGUGAGCUCUCUUGGCCCAGGCCUGGACCAGGUCACCCCCGGGAGGGCCCCUCAGGAAGAAGCUAGGGCUGUGGCUUUGGGUGGGGCCAGUGGCCUCUUCUGGGAGCCCAGCAUCUGGAAGCCAUCAGGCCAGGGGCGGGGGGAGUUAUAGGAGAGGUCCGGGAGAGGGGGAAUGCCUCCUCCAGGCCACACACAGGCCCAGCCCUCGGGAGCGGUGGCAUUGGGCCCACAGGCCCCGCUGCUGCCUUUGCCUCCUGCCGAUGCCGCUGGGCCCACAGCCUCCCCCCUUCCACUGGCUGCCUUCUCUCUCACCCCCCUAGCUGCUGCUCCUGUAAGAUGCGGUCACGUAAUUUGCAGUACCAUUCCGACGGCACGCUGAGAGCUUUGCUUGUCUGGCACUGGGUGGGCCUGUCUCUUGGGGUGCGUGGGCUUGGGGGAGAAGUGUCUCCAGGGGUGGUUGGUCCGAUAUCCCCUUCUUGGAGGGAGUGGUAUCUGUCUCGUUUUUGAAGUUUUAGAAUGGGGUCUCUGGGGCCAGGCUGGGGGCUUGCAGAUGAGUGUGUGGCUGGAGAUACGGGUGUGGCAAUGGGGAGGGAGGAGGGAUCUCUUCGCUCAGUCCUCAAGCCUGCAGUGCUGAAGGAGGGGGUCCAGGUGUAUAGCCAGGAGCUCAGAGGUGUCCCAGGGACAGGUGUCUGCAGUUAAUUGUCUGGGACCAUGGGCAUCAGAAUCACAGAGAUUCUUGGUAGCCAUUCAGGCUUCUGGGCCCCACCCACACGGGCUGGGACCUGGGGCUGCACACUUACUGACACCCAGGCAUCCCAGAGCAUACUACUCCAUCACCCUCCGGAUCUGCUGCGGGUGUAGGCAUCUGACAGCCUUGCCAACAUUCCACUGACCCCUGAGACUCAGCGGGACCAGGAGCGGCGGAUUCGGCGGGAGAUCGCCAACAGCAACGAGCGGAGGCGCAUGCAGAGCAUCAACGCGGGCUUCCAGUCCCUCAAGACCCUCAUCCCCCACACAGAUGGAGAGAAGCUCAGCAAGGCAGCCAUUCUCCAGCAGACGGCAGAGUACAUCUUCUCCCUGGAGCAGGAGAAGACCAGGCUUCUGCAGCAGAACACACAGCUUAAGCGCUUUAUCCAGGAGCUGAGCGGCUCAUCCCCCAAGCGGCGGCGGGCGGAGGACAAGGACGAGGGCAUCGGGUCGCCAGACAUCUGGGAGGACGAGAAGGCGGAGGACCUGCGCAGGGAGAUGAUCGAGCUGAGGCAGCAACUGGACAAGGAGCGCUCGGUGCGCAUGAUGCUGGAGGAGCAGGUGCGCUCGUUGGAGGCCCACAUGUAUCCGGAAAAGCUCAAGGUGAUCGCACAGCAGGUGCAGCUGCAGCAGCAGCAGGAGCAGGUGCGGCUGCUGCACCAGGAGAAACUGGAGCGGGAACAGCAGCACCUGCGGACCCAGCUCCUGCCCCCUCCGGCUCCCACCCACCACCCCACAGUGAUCGUGCCGGCACCACCCCCUCCCUCCCACCACAUCAAUGUUGUCACCAUGGGCCCCUCCUCGGUCAUCAACUCUGUUUCCACGUCCCGGCAAAACCUGGACACCAUCGUGCAGGCGAUCCAGCACAUCGAGGGCACCCAGGAAAGGCAGGAGCAGGAAGAGGAGCAGCGGCGAGCGGUCAUCGUGAAGCCGGGCCGCAGCCUCCCCGAGGCCCACGCCUCUGACACUGCCUCUGAUUCGGAGGCCUCGGACAGCGACGCCAUGGACCAGAGCCGGGAGGAGCCAGCAGGGAACGGGGGGCUUCCCUGACCACCCCCCAGCCCUCCUUUCCCUUCUUGGGGCUGGAGGGGGCCGGUGGGGCAGCAACAGGGAGCAACGCAGGUGAACGAGUGAGGAAUUUUUACAAAAUUACGACGUCAUUUGGGUCUCUUUUAUGACCUCUUUUUCAAUACUGUAAACCCACCUUGGAGCGAAGCCACCUGACCUGAGGUCCCGGGGGCUGGGGUGGCAGGAGCGUGUGGGAGCACCGGGACACCUGGGGCUGGGCCUCGCCCCGGAGGCCAGGGGAAGCUGACACAGGUGCCUGGCCUCUCUCCGCCAAAAAGCAUUUUUUCAUUUAAACAUGUUUUUAAGAACAGGGAAAAUCAAACAAAACCCCAAGGUAUUCUGCCCUCCCCAGAGCCAGCCCUAGACCGUCAGUUUUUGACUCCUUCCCUCCUCUUUUUGGUUUUUUUUCUUUCUCCUUUAAGCACUUACAUGGGUUGGGGGGUCUGGCUGGGUUGGGGCUCUCUGGGGGUCCGGGGGUCUACAAUGCUUCUCGGUUGGGGUUUGCUGCUGCCCUUCUCCCCUCCCCUCCUGGCCUCGGCUCAGCACGAGGAUUCGCCACUCCCCACCACCACCCAGCCCCACCUCUCCCUCCAGGUUUCCCAUCUUCCACCCCAAAAAUGUCUUUGUCUCUCUCUUUUUGUUUUGUUUGUUGUUGGUUCUUUUUGGUUUUGGUUUUGUUUAUCUUUUCUGUUUUUUGUUUCUUGUUUUCUGUUUUUGUUUUUGUUUUUUUUUUUUUUUUUUACAAUUUUGAGGUCUUUGUGUUCAAGGAGAAGCUAUUAUAUUUUGUUAAGAAAGUGGGGGGAAAAAAACCAAGAGGCCACCGUGCCUUUAUAA